GCGGGCGGCGGAGGCGGCGGCGGGGACGGAUCCCGGAGCGCCGAGGCCAGUGUUGGACACUUAUCCACCAUGCUGACAUUUUAAACAUCUGUCAACUUCCUAACAUUUUAACGGAAGGAAACCCCUGAUACUUUGUGCCUGACGACUAAAGUGCAGCCACCAAUUACCAGGACUUUCAGGAUGAAUCUGGAAAAACUCAGCAAGCCUGAACUCCUGACACUGUUCAGUAUUCUUGAAGGAGAACUUGAAGCAAGGGACCUUGUGAUAGAAGCGUUAAAGGCUCAACACAGAGAUACUUUCAUCGAAGAACGCUAUGGGAAAUACAACAUCAGUGACCCUCUGAUGGCUCUUCAGAGAGACUUUGAAACACUAAAGGAGAAGAAUGAUAGCGAGAAGCAGCCAGUGUGCACAAACCCCCUCUCCAUUCUCAAGGUGGUGAUGAAACAGUGCAAGAACAUGCAGGAGCGCAUGCUGUCCCAGCUGGCAGCUGCCGAGAGCAGGCACCGCAAGGUGAUCCUUGACCUGGAAGAGGAAAGACAGAGGCAUGCGCAGGACACCGCCGAAGGAGAUGACGUCACCUACAUGCUGGAGAAGGAGAGGGAGAGACUGACCCAACAGUUGGAAUUUGAAAAAUCACAGGUGAAAAAGUUCGAGAAAGAACAAAAGAAGCUGUGUAGUCAGUUGGAAGAGGAGCGCUCCCGCCACAAGCAGCUCUCGUCCAUGCUGGUGCUUGAGUGCAAGAAGGCCACCAGCAAGGCAGCCGAGGAAGGGCAGAAGGCAGGAGAGCUGAGCCUCAAACUGGAGAAGGAGAAGAGCCGGGCGAGCAAGCUGGAGGAAGAGCUGGCCGCCGAGAGGAAGCGGGGUCUGCAGACGGAGGCCCAGGUGGAGAAGCAGUUGUCUGAGUUUGAUAUAGAGAGGGAGCAGCUGAGAGCGAAACUGAACCGAGAGGAGAACCGGACCAGAGCCCUGAAGGAGGAGAUGGAAAGCUUGAAGAAGCUGGUGAGAGACCUGGAGGCAGCGCAGCGGCGCAGCAGCCCCGGGGAGCAGUGCAAGGAGCCAGUGAGCACGUUCAGAGGCACCGCCACAGAGCCCCCCAUGCGAGUGUCUGUGUCCUGCCAGACAGAGAGCAUUCAGAUAGAAAGAAGCCACGGGAGCGUCAUAGCCAAGCUGACAGACACUGGUCUCCCGGGUCCCACCACUCCUACUUACUCCUAUGCAAAAGCUAAUGGCCACUGUGACCCGGAAAUACAAACUACCAGGGACUUGACCUCAGGCAGCAGCACAGAAAACCAAGGGCCUCCACGAGAGAAAUCUGUGCUGUCGUCCCAGGAGAAACCAGUGGAGAAUGGUGGGUGUCCUGUAGGGACUGAGACUCCAGCCACAAUAGCCAGUCACCUCCCUUCCAGUGGCAGCUCGCUGUCUCCCAGCAGUACUGCCUCCUCCUCUCUGACGUCAUCUCCCUGCUCUUCACCAGUCCUAACCAAGCGUCUCUUGGGGUCGUCAGUCAGCAGCCCCGGCUACCAGUCUUCCUACCAAGUAGGGAUCAACCAGCGGUUCCACGCAGCUCGGCACAAAUUUCAGUCCCAAGCUGAUCAAGAUCAGCAAGCUAGUGGUCUCCAGAGCCCUCCGUCCAGGGACCUGUCCCCUACCCUGUUAGACAACUCUGCUGCCAAGCAGCUGGCCCGAAACACGGUCACUCAGGUGCUCUCCAGAUUCACUAACCAAGGGCCAAUCAAGCCAGUCUCUCCCAACAGCUCUCCCUUCGGGACAGACUACCGAAAUCUGGCCAGUACUGCCAACCCACGAAGUGACACCAGCCAUUCACCAACGCCAGGGAAAGUGUCCAGCCCUCUGAGCCCCCUCUCUCCGGGAAUCAAGUCCCCAACCAUCCCCAGAGCCGAGAGGGGAAACCCACCACCGAUCCCACCCAAAAAGCCUGGCCUCACCCCUUCCCAGUCUGCUGCCACUCCAGUGACCAAGUCUCAUUCCCAGGCAUCCUCCCUGAGCACCGCGGAAGACCUCGCCAGCAGCUGCUCCCCAAGCGCUGCGGUGGCUAACGGCAAAGAUGUUGAGAUACUUUUGCCUACCAGCAGCUAGUCCCUAAGAACGGGACUCCACGUUUGACAUUCCACCAGAUUCCGUCCAAGAGCUCAGAGUUAAACCUUGGGGCCAGAUCAUGUUAUUUAUUUUGAUAGUAGUGACAGCCAUCUGUAUGAUACAUUCAGUGUAUUUACCUUUUUGUAUUUUUUU